AUGAAAGUUUCUGGAUUUUCCGAUGAAUACCUGCUAUCUUCAAGCGAAGAUGAUUUUGAUGAAGAUACUGACAAAAAGAAACAUAAUUUGUUCACAAAAGAAGAUGAUGAAAAGUUAAAAGAUAUUGUCGAAAAACAUUAUAAAAAUGAUUUGAGAAAGAUCAAUUGGAGUUUUGUUGCAUUCCAGAUGUCAAACAAGAACAAGCGUCAAUGCAAAGAUAGAUACAUCAAUUAUCUUCGCGAUGGAAUAAACGCUGGAAAAUUCAGUCCAGAAGAAAACUAUCUUCUACUCUGCAAGGUUGAGGAGAUUGGACAUAAAUGGAGAAUGAUUGCCAAAUUUUUUACAAACCGUUCAGACAUCAUGAUUAAAGCUCAAUAUCGUAAAUUGAUGCGUCGCCAUGCAACCAAAGAGAAUGUAAUGUAUAUCGAUGCUGAUACUCUUAGGAAAUCAAGAAACAAAAGAAAACAUUCUCACGAGAAUAAAAAUCAUGAAAAAUUUGAAAAUAGUUCAAAGAAAGAAACAAUUCAUUAUAACGUUGAGAUUAAUGAUAUCAAUCCAUUUGACGCAGUAUCAUUUGAUAAUUGCAUUUUUGAGGCAGAAUUGGAUGAUUUUUCAAUUUUUGAAGAUUUUAUUUGA